AUGAUGCGCUCCAUCAUUUUGGCUCUAUUUUCGCUGGUGUCCGGUCAAUUCGAGGUAUGGGAGCAUGAUAAGGGAUAUGACGGCUAUGCACCGGCGUUGCUGAAUGUUGCCGAGGUUCUGUUGCGAGAUCUCAUUGCAAAUGGCGAGGUUCAGGUGCCUGCGAAGAUUCCGGAAUCCGAUUCGGAGCCUGCCGUGGAACCUGUGCCAGAACCACGGAAUACUGAGGUGAUACGACUUGAUAGCUAUGACGAGCUGAACAAGAAGCCUUGGUACAAGCGAUUUUGGAAAUUUAUCAGAAGCGCGCUGCGAUUGGACUAG